UUUCACUCGCUCGUGACUCCAGUGGCUCCGUAGUGUCUGAGGGGGACGGACUGGAGACCUGUGCUGGUGGCCUGGGCCAGGACGGGACUGGACAGAGGCAGAGCCCAGGGCGCAGCUGGAGCAGGCACACAGGGGCACGAGGCAGGCGGUGCCUGUCCCAGCCCAGGGCUGCCAGGAUUCCAGGGGCCACAUCCAGCGUCCGUCCUGACCGUGCCAGCACCUGGCAAGGAGCCGACAACAGCACCAUGUCUCAGGCAGAAGGUGAGGAGGCUUUUGAGUACUGCGAUGUCGUCAUCAACACCCAGGAGAAGGUUUCGGAUGUGUACACGCAGCUGGAGAAGCUCGGAGAGGGCAAGUUCGGCACCGUGUACCGGCUGCAGGAGAAAGCCAGCGGCAGGAUCCGGGCUGGGAAGUAUUUUCGGACGCGGACGGCCAAAGAGAAGCAGGCGGCUCGGGCCGAGGUGGAGCUCAUGAACCUGCUGCAUCACCCGCGCCUCGUGCAGUGCCUCGCCGCCUUCCAGGGCCCCGCCGAGCUGGUGAUGGUGAUGGAGUAUGUGGCCGGCGGGGAGCUCUUCGAGCGCAUUGUGGACGAUGACUUCGAGCACACGGAGCCCAGCAGCACCCAGUACAUGCGGCAGAUCCUGGAGGGGCUGCAGUACAUGCACGGCCAGGCCGUCGUCCACCUUGACCUCAAGCCCGAGAACAUCGUCUGCGUCAGCCCCAGUGGCCACUGGCUCAAGAUCGCUGACUUUGGCCUGGCGCGGAAGCUGGCUCCAGACACCCCCGUGAGGGUGCUGCACGGGACCCCCGAGUUCAUGGCUCCAGAAGUGGUCUCCUUCGAGCCCGUGGGGUUUGCCACGGACAUGUGGAGCGUCGGUGUCAUCUGUUACAUCCUGCUGAGCGGGGAGUCCCCCUUCCAGGGGGACACCGACAUAGAGACGCUGAGCAACAUCACCGCUGCCCAGUGGGACUUUGAGGAGGAGACCUUCUCGGACAUCUCCCCGCAGGCCAAGGACUUCAUCAGCCAACUGCUGCAGAAGGACCCUGGCCACCGGCUCUCCAGCCCCGAGGCUCUGCUGCACCCCUGGCUGCAGCAGCCCCUGCCCAGCAGCACGAAGGCGCUGCCGAAGGAGCGGAUAAAGCAGUUCCUGGCUCGUCGGAAGUGGCAGAAAACAGGCAAAGCCCUGCUGGCACUCAACAGGCUUGCCCUGCUGUCCCAGAACAUGGAGAGGAGAGCAUCAGAGGCUCAGGAUGAGGAAGACCCGUGCUGCAGUCCAGAGGAGGACCAAGCCUCUGAGUCUCUGCCCCAGCAGGGUUCCAGCUUCUCCGAGCCACCAAUGGACAAAGAGGAGGUGGAAGGUGGGAGCAUCAUGACUGCAGGACAGGCAGAGAGCAGUGCCAGCAUCCCCCAGCCCCGGGCCACCUAGAGCGGGUGACUCUUCUCCACUGUCACAGCACUUUGCACCAUGGCCUGGCCAGCCUGCGGUUGGCCCAGACCCGUGGUGCCCCUGUGCUGGUGUGGGGACAGGGCUGCCUGCCCUCCCCAGUGAGGAACCAGUGCCCCCAUGGCCACCUGGGUUAGAGCUAAGCCUGGUUCUUCUCACUGCAUGUCUUGUGAGCCCAAUAAAGCACUGAGGAUUUCUGC